AUGUCUUCUGAAGUUGUCACCGUACGAGGACGAACUAAGAAUGUUGUCCGCAAUGCAAAUCGGCGUGUAAACCUGGAUUUGCCGAUGCUCGAAAGACUGUUUGAGCACCGACAGGAAGAUGCAGCUGCAAUGUUGGGUAUCUCCAUGACGAGCUUAAAGAUAGCUUGCCGCAGACUUGGAGUCCAGCGCUGGCCGUACUCGCGAUCCCGCAAUGUUGAGCAGCGAGAAGAAGGCUCGAGCUCACAUGAGCCUUCCGACGUGCAUGCCAGCGGGUCCACAGACAGUCUGUUAGCAGCUGGCAUGGACAAUAGCUUCAGCACGGAAGAUGUUCAGCUUUCUGUGGAGGUCCCCCUCCUCUCUCCUACAGAAGCAGACGAGAGCACCGAGCAGCAGGCCUGCAGUAGCGACGAGCCGAGCAUCGACCACACGUGGGUAGCGUGGUUUCUGAGGUGCGAUGACUUCAGCCCUGUUUUCAAAGAAGAGGAGGUGGUUUGCCUCGAGGAUGAGGCAAGACGGAGAGGUGCUAGUCAGAGACGGCAAUCGUAUCCUUUCUGCCAUCAGCCGCAUGCUGGGAUCGCUGAAAUCCCAACGUCCUCCGCGUUUGACUUUUAUUCGGCCUCUUCCUCAUCUUCCUACCCUGGAUCGCUGCCAAACACUGAUGUUGCUCAACCUUGCUUUCACAGGAGCUUCUCCUGCCUCCCAUAA